GCGCCGUUAUAAUCCCGCCCGAGCCACGACGAUGAACCCGGAGGAGGACGUGCGCGUCGAGAAGAGUCCGCGUCGCACGCCGCGCUCCAAGACGACGUCCAAGCUCAAGCAGAGCAUUUCCGAGUCCAAGAUGCUCCAGCUGCUCGACCUUGCGCUGGAUCCGAGCUCCAACCAGACCGACGACGGCGCCGAGAGCGAGCUGCUCUGCGACUCGACCAUGGUGUCGCUUGCGUCCGAGUGGACGCCCGAACACCAAGCGUGCGACCGACGGGGCGUCCUCAACACGAUCCGCUCCAUCCACCGCACCAAACAGCCACCCAAAGGCGAGUGAUUAUAGGAAGCACCCUGUAUUUCAGCGUCUUAAAUACGACAACAUGUACACUUUGCAUCGCUUUACUACAGACG